GUUUAUUUCCAUUGCACACAAUGUAUCUGAAAAUAUAUCAUAUUGUAUAUACUUGUAUUACGUACCAAAUCAACCAACUAUUUAAGUAACUUUAGGUUGAAUCAUAAAAACCAUGGGAGCUCGAAGACUAUGUACCUUGGGCCCUAUUCGAAGGGAGUAGUCAUUCCUUUUGGCGCAAUAUUUGUUUAUGUCUUUACACAGAAAGUUUCAAGCAGUUCGAUGGAACUGCAGUGCGUGCUUCCACAGUCGCAGCUGAAACCACUCUUUUCUCAUCAAACAAAGGCGAAGAGCAUCUACAAAAGGAAGAAACGAGACGACCCGAAUCACCAUAUCCACGGGAAGCUUGGAGAAUCCAUCACCAUGGGAGGCCAUGAAGCAAAGCUCGAUUUGAAUGAGGGAAAAAAUGAAUGAGAAAACUGAAGAAUUGAAGAGAAGAGCAAGAGAAGAGAGAUUUUUUUACAAAGUGUAGAGUUUGUAGACUGGAGUUUUAACCUGUAAGUACAGAAGAAGCACAACUGGGUUGAAGCUGACUGUGAUGCAAAAUAAAACAUUGCAUCUGAGGAAAGUUUAAGGAUAA